AUGCGCGAGACCUUUGUAUGGAAUCUGAAUGAUCCCGUCAUCACUCCAGAGCAUUUUGCGCAGACGCUCAUUGAGGAUUAUGCGCUGCCCCACAGUUACCAAGGUGUCAUCACGAGAGCGAUCCAGGAGCAGCUGAGCGACUUCAAGGCUCACAUUGCCAGCGUGGAUGGCGAC